UUACUUGACGUUCAACGUUUUAAGUCAUUAUCAUUAGUAAUCAAAUUAAACUACUUAGUUAAAACAAAAAUAAAAUAUUAGUUCUGUUAAUUCUACAAUGAGUUGCCUUAGUGAUUUAUCGCAAUCUAGUGAAUAUUUAAGUUUUCGAAGUAGUAUUCCAUUACGAAAAAUAGCUGUUGAUACAGAUGGCUCCAAGACUUGGAAAAUAUUUGACAGUGGUCCCAAAUCUGUUAACUGUCCCCUUGUUUGUUUGCCACCAGUCUCGGGGACUGCUGACAUUUUUUAUAAACAAAUAAUGGGGUUGACAACUAGAGGUAUUCGCGUAAUAGCAGCUGAGCCUCCGCCUUAUUGGAACUUGAAAGAAUGGUGUGAUGGCUUUAAACGACUCUUAGACUACAUGGAAUUAGAUAGAGUACACAUUUUUGGAGCAUCUCUGGGUGGUUUCAUAGGACAAAAGUUUACAGAAUUAACAAAAAAUUGUCCCCGUGUCGCAUCUAUAAUAUUAUGCAACUCAUUUACUGAUACAUCUAUUUUUGAAUAUGACGAUUCAGCAGUUUUAUUUUGGCUUCUACCAUCCUUAGUCUUGAAGAGAAUGUUAAUGGGAAACUUUACAACUGACAAAGUGGAUAAAAGAAUCGCAGAAUCCAUUGAUUUUAUGGUUGAAAGACUAGAAUCACUUACGCAAACAGAGCUAGCAUCAAGAUUAACACUUAAUUGCAUGCCUUGUUAUGUACAACCUCAGUUGCUUAAAGAUUUGCCUAUAACAAUAAUGGAUGUUUGGGAUGAAAGUGCCCUAAGUUCAAGAGUUCGUGAGGACCUCUACAAAUCAUACCCCCAUGCUAAACUUGCUCAUUUAAAAAGUGGAGGCAAUUUCCCUUAUUUGAGUCGAAGUGAUGAAGUCAAUUUGCAUUUAUUAAUUCAUCUGAGACAAUUUGAUGGGACUGACUGCACGGCGUCAUAUAUAAGUCUACAUAAAGUAUCAGCUCCGCGAAGUCAACCUGAGGAAGGCACUGUAAGCUACUUUAAUCAAAAAGAUAAAUUUGUUAAGAUAACAUAAAUAAUUGUAAUAACUUAAGUCAUUCCAUUUUUAUACAUUCCUCAAGAAAUAAUUUUAUUUUGCAUUUAAAGUCACAUGAAUUAUAUUAUAUAAAAUAUAUGAUGAUAUUGUUACGGUUUUAUAAACCAUUUUUACAUAAACUUAGAUUUAAGGAAUAUUGAAGAAAUUUAAUUCAUAAGCAGUUGUAAAAAUUGUAUAGACGACAUACAUAGUUGUAUGUAAAUUAAAAUAGGGACGCAAAUUAUAGUAUGGUGCUGAUUCAUGUGCAAUCACGAUUGCCUAGAUAUCUAGACAGAUCUACAUAUAAUAGAUCUAAUUAUAUUUUUAAAUUAAAAA